AUGGAUUGUUUGGUGAUGCCAGUUUCAUUGAUCCGGAGAAGAUCAACAGGCUCACGGUUAGGUUACAAGCCACUAACCGAAGAUGAGUUGGAUCAACAAGAUUCCGACAGCCGCGUGACAGUGGUGGUCGGAAAAGAGAAGAAGGUGUUCCUUGUAGACCCUAUCAUAUUACAAGAGAAUCCAUUUCAGGUUUUGAUGGAUAUCUCUAUGAAGAAGAAUCCAACAGAGAUAGAGAAGAAUCAUUUCUGUUUCGCAUCAAGUCAUCAUCAUGAGAGAGUUAUCUUUGUGGAUGUUGAUGAUAUUUUGUUUGAGCACAUGUUGUGGCUUAUGCAUAAUGAUACAUCUUCUUUGUUUAAGCUUAAUUUGAAAGAUAUUGUUGAUUUCUAUACUCAUGAGGAUAUGUAA